ACUAGUCUCGUACGGUCCUACCCUGCGUUGGGUGUGUGUUGGGAGUGUUCUUACCUACCAUAACCCCCUCCUGCUCCUCAUCCCUGCGCCUCUACAUAGAAGAGUUGUACACGUGUCCUGUUCGAAUAUAAACGAAACUUAUUUUUUCCCACUUAUCUUAUUAACCGAGUGACUUGUCGUAUAAGUGAUAAAUGUGGUUGUUGAAGUGAUGGUGAGGUUGGUAGCGGGUGAAGUAGUGAGCAGCGUGGUUUGUGGUGGUGAGGUACUGCGGCAGUGAUGACGCCGGGUUGUUGCACUUCUCAAGCUUUGGGGGAAGUACCUACUGCUUCCUUGUUGACAUCACCCACCCUCUUAUAAUAAUGGUUGUAGGUGCAGGAUGGUGCGUGUGAGGUGUAAGUGGGACCGGGGCUGACCACGCACACCUCCCCCUCCCUGAGGCUGCUCUCUCCUUCCUCUCACACCGUACUCUCUCCUAUCACACCCACCCUCCAUCACACCCAGGGGGCACCAUGUAUUCCUCCCACCACCACCACAACAAGCAGGGCGUGCCAUCACCAGAGAGUGCUGCAGCUGCUGAUGUCUUUGAGCAGCUGUGUGCAGCAAACACCUUCAAAUCGGUCCUCUGCCAUUACCGUCAACUAUGUGAUGUUCUCAGGCUAAAACCUACAAAUAUUAGAAGCUUCUAUCCCAAACUCAAGUCUAAACUUCGCUCCUGGAAGGCCCAAGCUCUUUGGAGUAAGUUUGACAAACGAGCUAGUCACAAAUGCUACAACCAUGGCAAGGCUUGUAGUAACAGCAAAGUCUUGAUCAUUGGGGCUGGACCUUGUGGCUUGCGCUCUGCAAUAGAAUGUCAGCUGCUGGGUGCUAAAGUUGUGGUGGUGGAGAAGCGAGAUCGGUUGUCACGUAACAAUGUGCUCCAUCUCUGGCCAUUUGUUAUCUCUGACCUUAAGCAGCUGGGAGCAAAGAAAUUUUAUGGAAAAUUUUGUGCUGGAGCUAUUGAUCACAUCAGCAUCCGGCAACUUCAGUGCAUUUUGCUGAAGGUGGCCUUGCUGCUGGGUGUUGAAGUAUUUGAGUCCGUGAGCUUUGAGGAGCUUGUUGAACCACCUGAGGACCAGAGUGAGAAGAUUGGUUGGCGAGCGAGACUAAGUCCACCAGACCAUCCAGCUAAUCAGUAUGAGUUUGAUGUACUGCUUGGAGCGGAUGGGAAAAGAAACACUCUCCACGGAUUCAAGAGAAAGGAAUUUCGUGGAAAACUAGCCAUUGCCAUCACAGCCAAUUUCAUUAAUAAACGAUCAGAGGCUGAAGCCAGAGUUCAAGAAAUUAGUGGAGUAGCCUUCAUCUUCAACCAAAAAUUCUUCAAGGAACUGUAUGCAGCUACAGGGAUUGACCUUGAAAAUAUAGUAUAUUAUAAGGAUGAGACUCACUACUUUGUAAUGACUGCAAAAAAACAUUCCCUCAUUGACAAGGGUGUAAUACUAAAUGAUCUCCCAGACACUCAACAGUUGUUGCACUCCAGUAACGUGGACCGCAAUGCCCUCUUACACUAUGCACGUGAGGCUGCCGAUUUUUCCACAAACUAUCAACUACCCCAUCUAGAUUUUGCUGUGAAUCAUUAUGGGAAGCCUGAUAUCGCCAUGUUUGAUUUUACAUCUAUGUUUGCAGCUGAGAACGCUUGUCGGAUGGUAGAAAGAAAAGGACACAAACUUUUAGCUGGGCUUGUAGGAGACACCUUAUUAGAGCCUUUCUGGCCAACUGGAUCUGGGUGCGCUCGAGGGUUUCUAAGCUGUUUUGAUGCUGGUUGGAUGAUCAGGUCUAUGUGCUCUGGAAAAGUGAGUUCCUUAGAGGUGCUGGCAGAGAGAGAGAGUAUCUACCGACUUUUAGCACAGACAACACCAGAGAAUCUUCAUAAAGAUCAUUCAUCAUAUACUUUAGAUCCAGCUUCAAGAUAUCCUACCAUUAAUCUAAGAGUAGUUCUGCCCUUUCAAGUCCGCAACCUUUUUGAUACUGAUGAUGCUGCCCACCUUGAGCAGGUUACCAAUCCUCACCUAGUCAACUCUGAGGAUCUACCAAAGAAGAGGAAAAGAAGAGACUCAUUCAUACACCCAGAUACCCUGCUGGUGUGGUGUAAGAAGCAAGUUGCUCUAUAUGACUCCAUUCAUGUAGAGGACAUGACCACCUCCUUCAAGGAUGGUCGGGCUUUGUGUGCUAUUAUCCACCGUUACCGUCCUGACCUGAUUGACUUUGAAGCUGUGCGGCCUCAAGAUAUUGCUCAAAAUAAUCAGCUGGCAUUUGAUAUCUUGGAGAGAGACUUUGGUAUCCCUCCAGUUAUGACAGGUGCUGAGAUGGCAGAAUGUGAAGUUCCAGACAAACUGAGUAUGAUAUCCUAUCUCUCUCAAAUCUACGAUGUCUUCCGGGGGGAAAUUCCCCAUUUCAAACAUCCAAAAAUGGAUGAUGGAGAGAUGGAGGUAGAGCAGUCAUGUGCUCCCACACAGCGCUCCACACCUCAUGUUAACAUUCUAAAGAACCUCACAAACAAAACUGCCAGUACAUCUCAGGGGACACCAUCUUCCAAGAAGAGGAUGUCAUUAGAAAGGGGAAUAGGGAAGAGGGAUGAUGGACGUAUUACUUGUAGGUUGAUAGAUGAUGCUGGGAUCUCUGCUGCAGAUAGGAAGAUGGACUCUCUAAAAAGGACUAAGAAGAGGAGAAGUGAUAGAGUUACUUCCCCUCAGGAUGACAUUGAAUCUCGUCAGCGACGUGAAGAAAUUCUCAGCAAUCGAUUGGAACAAUUGAAAAAGCAGAAAGAAAGACGGGAGUUAGAUAACGUGCGCUUCAUCCGCUCAAUGCAGAUGUUGCAGUGUGGGAUCACUGAUUCCAGCUCCAUCCAGCAAUCAUAUAAUAGAGAUGAGGAUUAUGGCAUAACUGAAUACAGGAAGAACUGUGUUAGAACUAUGCGAGAAAAGGCAGAGGAUUUGGAAAGGAAACUGAAUCAUCGACCUGGGAGACCAACAACUGAAGAUUUUCUGAGAAAGGCUCAGGUUGAACAAUCAGGAGAUUUUAAUGAUAAAGUGAAGGAUCUGGAGGCCAAGUUUACUGCUAACUCCAACACUCAUGUAACAGACAAGAAACCUAAGGACCUCUUACGUGCCAUUGGUAAGAUAGAAAGGUCUGACUGGAACAUGGUAGCUAUAGAGAAGAAGAUGCAUGAGAAUAAAUUUGGUGUAGAAGUGCAGGCAGAGAAGGAGAAGGUGCCUAAGUGGAGUAGAGAUGCCUAUGAUGAUAAGUUCCACAAUAUUGAAAGACGACUCAGAGAAAAUGGAGAAAAUGAAGAGACAAUUGCCAAAUACAGAGAUAUUGACUCCUCUCUAAAGAGGUUGGAGAUGAAGUUGCGUGAAGGAUCGACUUUAGAAACUGGAAUGCGUGGACAAAACAAGGUCUCUAACCUAGCAUCUCAACUGUCUUCCAAACUGGAGAAGAAGGAACCUGAGAAAGUUUUGAUCACGAGACAGCCUUCAAGACCAACGGUGCCCUUGCCUACUUCUGGAUCUGACUUGUGCCACUUCUGUGGCAACCGGGUAUACUUAGUUGAAAGACUAAGUGCAGAAGGAAAGUUCUUUCAUCGUCAGUGCUUCAAAUGUGACUAUUGUGCUGCUAACCUCAGACUUGGCAAUUACAUAUAUGAUCGUGAAGGAAGAUAUGGAGGGAAAUUCUUCUGUAUUCCACACUUUGGAUUGACUCCACGCAUACGAGCUCUGCGUCGAAGGGCUGAAGAUACUGACAGUGCCAAAGAGAACAUAGUUCCUCCUGCUGCAACAAGUACACCAAAGCUACAGGCACCAAAAGUACCAGUGGUGGGGGCAGGCGAAGCAACAGGUGCCCUUGCUAGCAGUCUUGGAAUAGGGAAAGGAGGGACUUCAACUGGCCUUUCCCCAGAAGACCGUGGCACUACGCCAGAACGUGUUGAAUUUGAGAAUUCAGUUGUGGAACAGAGUGAUGAGGAUGAGUAUCUUUCUGAGGAUGAGUGGACGGAUCGUAACUUUGGUGCAUCGGCCAAUGAAUUGGAUGACUCUGAUGGUGAAGAUGAUAGCGACUACUCAGACUUAAGCGAUGAAGAAGUUAAUGAUGAAGAACUGGAAUUCCCGGAUGGUAGAGGAACUCUGACUGCUGCAGAGACUCGCAAACUAGUGGAGUCCUGGCAUAGGCGUUACUCCACUGACCGUCUUGAUGAUGACUAUGAAGAUGAAGGUGGCUCUGGUCAUGAAUCAGAGUCAGACCUUGAUUCAGAUAAUUACAGUGAAGAAUAUGGAGCUGAAGGAGACGAGAGUCACACAGCCACUGAGGGCGAAGGAGGUGAGGAUGAUGAUGAUGAAGACGAGGGUGAGGCAGUGCGACGUGCCCGUGAACUCCGCCGUAUGGAAGUCAACAUAGAUGUGGCGGCUCCACCAAGGAAAGCUGAAACUUCGGAUAGUGGUUCUGAGACUGAGGUUGCUAGUGAUGAGGAAAGUGAAGAGAGUGAUACUCAGAUUGACACUGACUCAGAAUUUGCAGAAGACCAUGUUCAGCCUGGCCCUCCUAAGGAGAUCCCUACCAUAAUUAUCAAUGAAUCCCAAGACACACAUCAGGACAUAAACCCCAGUCCAUCAGCGUAUAAGACCAAGGAAAGUCAUGGUCAGUCUGGCGUUACCCAGGUGAAGGGUGAACCAAGAACUGAAUUAGUGUCACAGAAAGUAGAUUUGGAAAUAGUAGAAAAAAAAGAAUCUGGUGAUUGGGGAAAAGAGAAUGGUGAGAAGAGUGCUAGUUUGACCAAUCUAAAUGAAACUGGUAAAACAAAUCCUCGAGCAGAACAGCUCAAGAGGCUUUUGCAAAGGACAGAUUCAACAGAGGCAAUUGCAGCUCAGAGAGCCCUGCAGUUAAAGCGUCAGUACCUUCUUGGGGAAACAGUAAAUCUUCCUAGAAAGUCGGUCUCAACAGCAGAUUUAGGUAACCGUUUUAAGAGUUUCAUGGACAAAAUAUCUGAAACACAGAAAAUGUUGAAUCCAGCUCCCCAGCCAAGUGCAGCUAUGCAAGCAUUCAUGAGCUCAUCAGUUCCCUCCCCAAGAAGCCCAGCAUCUUCUCCGUCAUCACCGCUGUUGCCAGCUAGGUCUAUAUCUCUUCCUCAGGGUGAUAACACCUCUGAUUCAACUAAUACUGACAAAGCUGACAUGAACAUUUCUCAAACAAAAUUAUCAGUAGCAACAGAUGUAUCUUUAACUGAAUCAUCAGUAGCAACUACGUGUCAAAAAGCCAAACAAGAUAUUACUACGCAAAUAGAAUCUUCAGUGUAUCCAGUGGAAGCCAUAGAUAAGUCAGAAGUCCAGGUAAAGGUUCCAGAUCAAUUGAAGGGCUUCCCAGUCUCUGGAGAAUCUUCCAAAAUAAAUGAAGCCAUAGACAAUCCAGAAGAAAACUUAGUGGGAAUUCCAGUGUCAGAAAGUAGUAGUGAGUCAAGCAGUGAUGUGUCCAGUGAGGAUGGAUCUGAUUAUGACAAUGUGCCUUCUGGUUGUAAAUGGCCUGUUCCUAAAAAAUCACCAACUACCAUAGAGAUUCAGAAACAAGCAAGUUCUAGUGUAAUUGAUAAUGCAGUGUGUGAUAAUGAUGUAACGAGUAGUACUGGUAAAGACAUUGUCAAUGAAGUGGGAAUUAUUGGUAUUAAUAGAGCUAUUAGUGGUGGAAUUAAUUCCAACAAGGAAGAGGAAGUAUGUAAAAGUGACGAAAGAGAAGCAGAUAAAAAGGAAGAAAAUGUUGCAUCAGAUGAAGAAGGAAUAGAUGAGUUUGGGUUAUCAGUGCUGGGGGAGAAUGAAGGGCUCGAAACUGUCAAUCGAGAACUCGUGUUGGUAAAUGAGCCACAUUCACGUGAACCAGAGAUAAUUAAGUGCCAAAGCAUAUUAAAAGAGGAAAUUGAAACAAUUUGUGUAGCUGAUGAUAAAGAAACAGAAAAGCAUAAUGAGAUAGAGGAUAAUGUUGAUGAACUCUUUAAUAUACUUGCUAGUGAUGCUGUAGAGGAUACUGAUAAGUUUUCAGAAUUUAUUGAAUCACCUGGUACAAACACUAAUGGUUUUUCUCAUAGUGAUAAUAAAUCCAGAAAUAGUGACACAUUAACAUCUCAGAUUUUAACAGUGUGUGAUAAUGAAGAGGAGAAACCCAGUGUUGAAGAAACUGUAAGUGAACCUAUAGAACCUAUUGUUGAAAUUAUUGUGGAAAAUCCAGAGAAAAUUCAAGAAAAAUUGCCUCUUGAAAGAACUAUAAGCAUUAGUGAUGAGACAAAGCCGCUGGUGUCAAAAGAAGUUUUGUCCAGCCCUGAGGAAGGUAGGGAAAACACAGAGCCCGAGUUGUCAGAUUGGGCAGGUGAAAAUGAUGGUAUAAGUGCUGGUGAAGAUUUAGAGGUUGAAUUCAAUGAACCUAAUAGACAAUCGGUGAAGAAAGAUUCCUCAAAAAUUAUUGCAAGAAUCGCAUCAGUGGAAAGCUUAGGAGACACAGACUCUGCUAUCUCGACUGGUCCUAAUAUUACCACCUCAGUGCCUUCCAAACCUUGUGCUCUUGCAGAUUUAGAAGGCAUAGAGUUUAUGGACACAAGUGAGAGUGCUAGUAGCCCUGAUGAUGUAUCACACAAAAAACAAGGUUAUAGAAAGUUAGAAGAAGAAACUCCUACAACUCCCAUAGCCCCACAGAUAUCUCUUAUUGAUAUAGAAAGUGUAAAAGUUCAGGAUCAAAGCAGUAGUGAAAGUAAAUCAUCAGAGAGUACAAGUACUGAAAUGGAUGAUAACUCACAAAGUAGUGUCCAGGAAGCCUUGAAUAACAAUAUGGCUGAACAUGACAAUAAAGAAGUUAAAGAUCCAGAUAUCAAAUUCAAAAUGAGCAUGUCCCAUAUAUCAAAAAGUAUGUCAGAGUCACAUUUACCAAAAAGUACAUCUGAACCUCCUUCACUAAGUGAAAUCAGGCCAAAAGUAAAUGGAGAACAUCGACGUGAUUCCUUAGAUGACUACACGUCACCAAAACGCUAUGAAGGAUAUAUUCCGAGAUUCAAAGAAAGAAUGAGCCCAUUUGGAUAUGUCAGAGAUUCUAUAGAUAUUCAGAAAAAUUCUACAAAAUCACCAUUGUUUACACCUUCUAAAAAGGAAGUAGAAGAAAGACAAAAGAAUGAACAACGACUGGCACAGUGUACAGUUCAGAACAGUACUGUAGCAAGUAAACCAGCUGUUUCUCCUAAUACAGCUAAGAGACAGAUUGUGAAAAGUUUGAGGAGCAGUAAAGAAAAGGAAAAAGAUCUGAUUAAAGAAUUGGUCAUGUCUCGAAUAUCUUGGAAAAAUUCAGAAAAGUCACCCAGAAGAGGAUCAAGAACAUCUGUUAGUCCACUUUCCUCCACUGGAUCACGAACUUCACUCUUCAGCCCUCAGUCAUCUCAGGAGAACCUUCUUGAGAAGGAAGAAAGUGAUCCAGGUUUAGAAAAGAAGGAUCUUCAAGACAAAAAGAUUAUUCAUAUAGACACCAGAGAGCUGCUAAGAUUAGAGUCUAUUAAACCGGAUUUACCAGAAAGUGGGCAGACAUUUGCAGCUGAGGAGAAUAGGUCAAAAGUUCGAGUGGGGACCAUCUUUAGAGAAGAUAGUGUUUUAGGAUUUUCAAACAAGAGAGAAAGCCUUCAAGAUUUGAUUGUUCCUUUUGCAGAUGAGAGUCUGGAUGAAGAAGUAUAUGAAAGGAAGGAGGACAAAAAUCCAAUUAAAUAUAUACCUAAACAAUUUCCUGGUGAUGUUAUAGUGAAACCUGUGACUAAUACAGAACCAACAAGUCCAGUUCGCAUAAAUCUCCCAGCUACCCCCAUGACUCACCCAGAGCAGUUUAAUAGGACACCUCCCAAAAAGGAAGUAUUUAAAGUGCCAUCUGUUCCAGCUCCAAUCACACCACUGAGAAGGCACCAUACUCCGGGUUCAUCAGGAAUGUCAACGCCCAUUAAUUCAGACAGACCUCUGUCUACUCCUAAUCUGAGCACUAUAGAGAGAGAAAGAGCCAGAGAAGAGGCACGUAUUCGUGCACGCCUUAAAACAGAUUUGGAUUUCGGAUUAAGUCCUCCAAACUUGGCUGAUAAUUUACGUGAAAAACUUAAAAAAGGUAGUUUGAGUGAAAGUGAAGGUGAUAAAGAAGAGAAGGGGAGAGAGCUUCCAACAUUGGUUAGACAGACAGCUGUCCUGACUCAAGGGAGAGAAGAGUCAGCACCAAAGAAUAAAGAUGAAAGGGUGAAAGAGUUGCUUGCUGAGCAACGGCAACAUCGUCAUCGAGACUCCUCAGAUGGCCAACAAGAAGAGUGGAAUAACAAAGAUGACCGUGUUAAGGAGAGAUUAGAGGAAUAUAGACAAAGGCGAAGGGGAAGCACAAGAAGUAGUGAAAGUGGGGAUUCUAGACCAAAUAGUCAACUCUUACGACGUCAUACUCAUAGACCAUCUUUAUUGGAACUUGAAUCUCUGCAAGUGUUUUCCACUUCCCCAAGUAAAGCUGCCUCUGUUGUCCCAACUUCUGUUGGAAUUACUGCAACAAUUGCAAGCACAAGUGCAUCUCCUGUCAUCUGUUCUUCUCCAUCUGUUCAACACUCAAAUGUAUUACCACUGUCUCCAGCAACUUCAGCUGCUACUGUCUCAUCAAGUACCACUCCACCAAGUCAUCCACUGCAGGACUCGGCUUCUUCAGAAAAAAUAACAGACAAGAAAUCAGGCAAAAAAUCAAAAGACCGUGAAAGAAGAAGAAGCUUGAUUCAGGUUUUUGCAGGUAUGUUCAGCAAAUCUGGUGGAGAUGAUAAAAAGAAGAGUGAACAGCAGCCCCAACCAAGUGACACAACCGAGGGAGUCUCAGCCUGUAAAACUAUACCACCAACUAUACAGCCUCUAAGUACUGCUCCUAUUGAAACACCUAAAAGUGCCCCUAAAAGUCCAUCAACAGUCCGGGACAAAUUGUCAAAAUUGCGAUUAUCCAGAUCCAAAGAAAAGAAGAAGAUUGACAAGGGUAGAUCCAAUAGUGCAGACAUCCUUGAUGAUCGUGGCAACACUGAUAACACCCGAGCAGCCUUCUCCUUACCCACCUCUCCCUCCCGUCGUCCAAUCCCCUUUUUAUCCUCUCCCUUCACUAAAGCCUCAUCACCACCUCAAGCAUCAGGAUCCACCUAUUCCUCUUCCCAAGUGCGUCUCAACACCCCAAGAAUUGAAGAGGAGAGUCUUUCGGAUGAUGAAGGAGGGGUUGCAGGCACACCUGUGGGCACACUGGAACGUAGCUUUCAUGGUCCAUGGUCUGGAUCAACAAACCGUAAACAACGCACUGCGGUAUUCAAAGCUGCAAGGCAGGCAGAACUCAAGAGGCUGCGAAUGGCCCAAGAAAUUCAGCGACAGCUAGAAGAGUGUGAGGUAAAAACACGAGAACUGGAGGAAAGAGGAGUUGCAGUAGAGAAGGCACUUCGAGGUGAAAGUGAUGGAGCAAAUCGCGAUGAGGCAGACUUGAUGGGUGACUGGUUUUCAAUGGUUCACGAGAAGAAUGCACUGGUAAGGUGGGAGCAGGAACUAAUGGUACAAGCCAAGGAGCUGGAACUGGAGGACCGUCAUGUGAGACUAGAACAUGAACUUAGACAUCGAAUGGCCCUCUCUGAACAUGAGAAAUCUCGUGAUGAUAUUGACCGUGAAGGCACCAUCCUCGCAGAAAUGUUGAGUAUCCUGGAACAGAAAGAUGCAUUGGUCACCAUGUUAGAGGAGGACAGACAGAGAUAUAUGGAAGAAGACAGAGAUUUGGAAUCGGUUAUGCUACGAAAAGGGCUUCAUCUCUCGCCACUCAGAAGAGAAACUGGUGUAUAAUUACUAUACUCAAACGGCUUUUGCAAAAAUAUGAUCAGCCUUGUUACUUUGUGUGGGAUGUGGUAUGAUGACAAGGAUAAUGGGUCAUAAGUUUUUACAUCGUUGGUGGCUGAUCUUGGUGUGUCUCAGAUCUAACUGUUAACAGAUCCUUAAGCUUAUGUCCUUAAUUCGUUAACUUAAUGCAGUAGCUGUUUUUAUCCUUAAGUUUUGUAGCAAUUUAUUAUAUACUGCUCUUGGAAAAUUAUAACAACUGCUUUAUUUAUAUAAAAUAACAGUUAAGAUCUUCCAUUCAUGCCACAAGAGAAACUGCAAUUUAUUUAUUUAUUUUUUCUGUAUAGGAAGCAUACUUUAAUUGGUGUGGUCACAUUUUGCUGGUACAUUUGGGGAACUGUUAAAUGGUCUCCAGAUUUUCUCCUCUGUCUUUGUAAUGUACAAACUGAGAUGCCUGAUACCUUUUCUGCAGUGUAAGUGAAAUUAAUUAUGACCAAAGUUGUGAGGCUUUGCAAGUAAUGUGACAAUAAGUCAGUUUUUCGAUUAGUGUUCACGAAUAUCUCCCCAGAUGCGUUGGAUGUGCCUACUAACAUCUUUAACAUUAUUGGUGAGACUCAGAAGCACCUUGUCAUGGUAUUCCUGUUGAGAGUAUUGUUGUUGUAAAUCAAGUAAAUGCGUUGUAUAAGUUGUUAACUACUGGAAUGAAAUUUGUCAUUUUAACCAAUUGUACAAGUGGUGUCCUAUGGGGUGGCAAUUAUUUCAAGCAUGCCAAUAUUUCAGUUUGCAUGUUGAAUUUAUAUCUCUUAACAUAACUUCCUUGUAACUUGAGAGGUGUCAAGGUAAAAAGGAAUUGAUGAAAACUCUGAACAUUGUGGUUAUCAGUAUUAGUUGAAUUCCAAAAAAAAUACUGUGCCUUUAACAUUAGAUCUGCAGCAAAUGUUUAUACAAUACGUAUAGUUAAUUGUAAAAAAAAAGAUAAUGGAACUGCUAAUGGUUUAUUGGUUAAUUGGCAGGCUCAUUAUGCUAAGGAUGAACCACCUGUGCUUGGUCUGUUAAUGUGGCUCAAGAUCCACUCUCUUGAUGUUGCUGCAUUUCUCAGCUGGCUUCUAAGGGCUAGUGAGGAAAUAUGAUCACUGUACAGUAGACAAUCUUGUUACUUUUAUACUCUUAACUCAACCAGUAAAAGCUGCUGAAUUGUUUUAUUGAUCGAUGCUUACAUUUGUCAGACUAAUUUCAUUGUUGGUAUACAAUAUGCUCUCAAAUUUUCAUAUACUGUAUUUUUCAGCAAGCUUCUUCAGGAGAGCAAUAAGAAACAGAGCAGUAUACUUUUGUUGUGAUGAAUACUAAACAUAAUCUUUUUACUAUGAUUUCUAGCUUUAACUUGUGCAUUUGUAUAUAUCAUCUCUGAUAAGUAAAAAAAAAAAAAUAUUUUGCAUGGAACUCACAUAUGUUUUAAUGAUAGUAGUACACUAGAAAUCACUCGUAUAAAGAAUUGCAAGUCUCUAUCGAGGAGGAUGUACAAGUGUUUUAAAAAAUCUGAUAUGCGGCAUGUUUUGGCCAGAAUGGACGGGUUUUCACUUGAUAGUGAUGUACAAAGGCCAAUAUAUGACACUUUGCAUUUUGAAUUGACAGUUGUAAAGCAUGAAAUGAGAAAUAUAACAUAAGACGCAGGAGACAUAUACUUUGAGUUCAAGCAUUCACUCGGACACUCAACACAAUGAAUGCACGAACUCUAAGUAUUUGUCUUUGUCAUUUGUUGCUAUAUUUCUCGGUUCAUGUUUUACAUUCAGAUUGCAAAACGUCAUUUAUUGGCCUUCGUACGUCACCACCAACUGAAAAACUGUUCAUUUGGGCCGGAAAAGCUGUAGGUCUGUUCUUUCAGUCAAGUGGGCAAAGGUUAGCUUGAUCAGGUAUGUGUUGAAGAUGUUAACCUGUUUAUAGCGAGUUUCAGCAAAGUCCAAUCAGAGUGAUACCAAUGUUAGAUUGUGUACAUGUGUGUAUAUGAAUGACGAAAAGGAGUCUGUCAUUGUUUGUGUUAUGCAUUAGAAGUGCAAAGGCAGAUAUUCUUUUUCCUAUGUAGAAUUAUUUCUUAGUCUUGUAUUUAAUAUUCAGGUCUCUGUUGAUUCAAAUCAUAAUGAUGUAAAUGGAUUCAUGCUCUAAUUUAUACAAUUUUUUAUAGAUUCAUUGUCUCAUCAACAGUACAUUGAAGCUGAUAUUGGCUGUUGUUUCAUACUGUAUCAUUAUUUACCAUGGUGCUCUUAGUAAAUGAAAUCUUUAAAUUA